GAAGCCAUUACGCAGCUGGCUGGCAGCGACUGGGCCGGUCGGUGCUUGGCCCUACGCACUUUGCGUAGCGAGGGGGGUUACCGAAGGCCUGGUGCUCGGCCUUGGGCAAGCCCGGCCUAUCCCCUAUAGGGGGGUGGGUGAGGGGCGAGGCUGAGAAAGAAGAGAAGGGGAAUUGGGGCGAUUGAGGGGGUUGUAAUAUAUUUUUCAAAAGGGGUAGAGAGAGGCCAUGGCCGUCCCAGCCAAGAAGAGGAAGAUGAACUUCUCUGAGCGAGAGGUGGAGAUCAUCGUGGAGGAACUAGAACUGAAGAAGCACCUGCUGGUGAACCACUUCAACGCUGGGGUCCCUCUGGCUGCCAAGAGCGCAGCCUGGCACGGCAUCCUGAGAAGGGUUAACGCCGUAGCCACCUGCCGCAGGGAGCUGCCUGAGGUCAAGAAGAAGUGGUCUGACCUCAAGACCGAGGUCCGUCGCAAGGUUGCCCAGGUCCGGGCAGCUGUGGAGGGUGGCGAGGCCCCAGGCCCCACUGAGGAAGAUGGAGCUGGUGGGCCAGGGUCAGGUGGUAGCAGUGGUGCCGGUGGCCCAGCUGUAGCCCCCGUACUGCUCACCCCCAUGCAACAGCGCAUCUGCAACCUGCUGGGCGAGGCCACCAUCAUCAGCCUACCCAGUACCUCAGAGAUCCAUCCCGUGGCCCUCGGACCCACAGCCACUGCAGCGGCAGCUACGGUCACCCUGACACAGAUCCCCACAGAGACCACCUAUCACACGCUUGAGGAGGGAGUAGUCGAGUACUGUACUACUGAGGCUCCCCCGCCCCUGCCAGCGGAGACCCCCGUGGAGAUGAUUGCCCAGCACGCUGACCCCUCAGUCAAGCCCCAGGCGCUCAAAAGCCGAAUCGCCCUUAACUCGGCCAAGCUGAUCCAGGAGCAACGGGUCACCAACCUGCACGUGAAGGAAAUCGCCCAGCACCUGGAGCAGCAGAACGACCUGCUGCAAAUGAUCCGCCGCUCCCAGGAGGUGCAGGCCUGUGCCCAGGAGCGUCAGGCUCAAGCCAUGGAGGGCACCCAGGCGGCCCUGAGCGUCCUCAUCCAGGUCCUCCGGCCCAUGAUCAAAGAUAUCCGCCGCUACCUGCAGAGCAACACGCCCAGCCCCGCCCCCACCUCUGACCCUGGACAGGUGGCCCAGAAUGGACAGCCGGACAGCAUCAUUCAGUGAGAGCAGGGGUUGAGCCAGCCUUCUGCUGUGAUUGGGUGACCCUGCCGUGGUCUCGUAAGUGGGGUCUGUGACUGGCCUUUGACUAUGGCCAGCCACAUGGGCAGCUCUUUAAGCAGACAUUUAGGGGGUCUACUGUUUCUGAGACAAGAAGGAGACUGGGAAGAGGAAUCGUUGGGUCCUGGGACCCAGACUCUCUUACCCCCAUCACUUGUGCUUUCUCAUUAAGAACCUGAAGGCCGGUUAGCUGGGGGUCAGGCGUUGGGGAUGGGACACGUGUUGUCAUGAGCCAGGGCUUGAGAUGUGACCCAGACUCGGUCUAGGACAGUUGUAAGGAAGGUUCUUGCUGGGCGUCGUCACACAGCCAGGGGUCUUUGCUGAAACGCCCCCAGCCCCAAGCACCAUCUUUUUGAGUAAGGUAAUGUCAGCGGUGCUGGCCGUAGCACGGUAAUAUCUUCUUCCUCCCUUGGGAGGCAGAGUGACUGGGCCUGAGGAGGAAACCCCAUCCUUUUUCUCCUCACUGCGCCUCAGUUCUCAGGGGACUCUAUUUAAUGCCAUGCUCUUCCCCCACCUACUCCACCAGUGAGUGGUGACAGAAACACAGCAGGGGCCCUUGUCAGUGCCCUGCGCUGCCUCUGCAAUAUACCCAGGAUGCGGCCCGCUGGGCUCAGGAAUGCUGUGUGUGGUGGGGAUGGCUUGGUCACCAUCUGGUCUUCCACUGCAGCCUGGGCAGCCCCGUAGCGGUUUGUCCCAACAGUUUUUGACUCAGGUCAGGCAUCAGGCCCUGGGUGCUGUAAAUUUUAGAGAAAGCAAACCAACAUGGGAACUUGUCACCCCACUGCAGUGGGUGCGUGGUGACCUGCUGGCUCCUUUCAGAAGGCCUGCUUCAAGCCAGUUGUAUUUAUUCUGUCCGUGAACCCCUCCGGGGAAGGCCUCCAGGAUCUCUGAGGGCCGCUCUGGCCAUGCCCUUCCUCCUCUCUUCUCUACUGUCUGCACACUUCCAAACUCAGUACCAGAAAAAGAGCCUGCUGGGCAUCACACCCUGACUCCCUUCACAUAUUAUCCAGAGCUUGGAGUUCUUUCGAGACCCCUACUGGCUGGCUAGGUGAAUCGGCAGGCCUGAUUGGCCCUGAAUGUAUGAGACAGGAGCAUCACAGACCUGAGAAGUGGGACCUUGAUUUCUGUGCCGGGGAAGAGCAGACAGACCUCAGAGUCCUGAAGGAGGUGGUGCUGGUCUUGAUGCUUUCUCCCACAUGCAGGGAGCUUACCCAGAUGGCAUUUGUCUAUUUCGUUUUCAGAAUGAAAUUGAUCGCAUCUUCCCAGACUGUUUCCCAAUUUUGCCAUCUUGCUGCCGGUGCCUUGACCACACGGACUGGUAGUUACCACGAAAGGCUCCAGAUCUCAGCUAAACGAUGAAGGUGCUGCCCUUCUGGGCGCGUACGUGCAGAAUUGCUCAGCUCCACUGUCGCAGUCACAGGAAACUGUCCCCAAAGAUGGUGGGGAGGUGACUGCUGUGCCACCAUCCUCUCUGUGGAGGACGUGCAGGGCUAGCUACAGAGCAAUGGAGAGGAAUCAGGCCUGUGAGGGAUUUGGGUAGCGGAAGGAAAGCAGCAGCCCCAGGCAGCCUGGGCAUCCUCCGUCAGUGGAGCCUGGUGGCCCAGCAAAGUAGCUGCGGGGACUUCCCGAGGAUUUUCCAUUUGGUUUGGUUUUUCUCUGGGGUUGGCAAUCUGAGCCAAUAUUGUGUCUCUUCCUAUUGAAUAUAAAGAAGAAGCCUGGAUACUUAAACUGACUGGUUCUUUCUAGGUCAUAAUUUUAAAUUAAAGAAAUAUCUUUUUUUUUA